AUGAGUGUCAUCAAGAACGUAGCUAUCACCGGUGCCGCCGGUGCCCUUGGCAAGCCUAUUCUGAAAGCCCUCGUCCAAUCCAACAAAUUCAACAUCACAGUCCUCACUCGCUCCACAUCCACCUCAUCCCACACCUACCCCUCAAGCGUGACUGUCCUCCCCGUAAACUUUGAUUCCAUCCCCUCACUCACAGCCGCCCUCCAAUCACAGAAAAUCGACGCCAUAGUCUCCAGCGUCGGAGUCGAUGGUCUUCUUGGCCAAAAACUCUUAAUCGACACUGCCCUCGCCGCAGGCGUAACCCCCGUAUGUUCUCAUCUCGAGGCCGUUGCUGCCAAGAAUCCCAGUUUUACAUAUACAUAUAUUCGCAACGGCGCAUUUCUCGACUGGGGACUCGAGUACAAUUUCAUUCUCAACAUAUCGUCUGGAAAGCCAUCUAUUUACGAUGGAGGCGACAAGCUAUUCAGUGCCACUACCCUCGAGACCAUAGCUCAAUCCGUCGUAGCUGUUCUCACCAAAUUUGAAGAAACGAAAAAUCGUGCCUUGUACAUUCAAGAUUUGCAAACAUCUCAGAAUCGUCUUUUGUCAAUUGUAAAGAAGAUUUCUCCAGAGAAGAAAUGGGAAGUCGUUCCGGUGGAGACGGCUGAUAUUAUCAAGUCUUCAGAUGAGAAGCUUGCCAGGGGGGAUGUUACCAUGGAGGUUAUGGCCGGAUACAUUAUUGCUUGGAUUUUUGGAGAGAGAUUGGAGUCGGAUUGGAAAAAGACGGAUAAUGAACUGUUGGGUUUGAAGGAGAAGACCGUUGCUGAGUUGGAAGCUAUUGUGAAGAAGUAUGUCAAGUAA